GCCAUUAGGCCGCACCACCGCAUCACGCAAAAAGGAAACCUGCACGAACCGUCUCGAGCCUCUCCGGCGAAGUUAUAAAUAACCCCGUGGCGGUUAGGGUUAAGGAUUUCUUCCCUUGUCCUCCUACUCGCCGAAGCCCUCGAGGAAUAGCGGGAGGGAGGAGGAGGAGGAGAGCGCGUGGAUCGCCGUGGCUGGACUGGUUGGGUCCUUCGGCGGUUUGCGGCGCGGGAUCUGCCCGCGCGGGAUUGCGCGUGACCGGAGAGGGGCUUUGGUGGGCGGUGGUUCGGUUCGGUUUGGCUGGUUGAUUUGGCGAGGCUGGGGCGUGGGGGCGGGCGAUCGGGCCACUGGAGCUGCGCCCACUGGCUGCGGGCCAUGGCCGGGAUCGACGCAGGUGAGGGGGCGGCCGCGCCGCCGCCGGAGAUGUCGCCGCAGCAGCGUAUCGAGCAGAAGCUCAUUCUCUAUGGAGUACCCGAAGAACAGCUGCAAGAACACCAAGAAGGCUUACUCCUUUACAUGGAGGAGCACAAGGAGCAGAUACCUGAUGUCGCGAGGGUCAUCUUGUCAGCAGGUACUGAUGUGUUGGAGAUCCAGAGGGCCUCAAAGAAGGACACGAACAGCAGCAGCAGUGGCGAUGCAUACAGUGAGAGUUUGUCUUGGUUGCAGUGGUUGAUGUUCAACAAUGAGCCAGAAGCGAUUCUUGAUGACCUAGAGCAUUGCUCUGCGGGUGAGCGUGCAGUCUGUGGGGCUGUCUGGGGACAUAAUGACCUUGCUUAUCGCUGCCGGACUUGUGAGAAUGACCCCACAUGUGCGAUUUGUGUCCCGUGCUUCCAGAAUGGUAAUCACAAGGAUCAUGAUUACUCCAUCAUGUAUACAGGGGGUGGAUGUUGUGACUGUGGGGAUGCUACUGCCUGGAAGCGUGAAGGGUUCUGCUCAAAGCACAAGGGAGCUGAGCAGAUUAAGCCUCUUCCAGAGGAGCUUGCGAGUUCUGUAGGACCUGUGCUAAAUGUGCUCUUGCAUUUCUGGAAGGAGAGGAUAUGCCUGGUGGAACCACCCCGCACAAAGGGUGACGGUGGUAGCACUUGCAAGAGGAUUGCUGAAGAGUUGACAGCUUCUGUUGCUAACAUGCUUCUUGAGUUCUGCACAUGCAGUGAAAGCCUUCUUAGUUUCGUGUCCCUAAGGAUCCGUGAGUGCUCGGAUUUGUUGGAUGCAUUAAUUAGAGCAGAAAGGUUACUUGACAAGAAGGUUGUGAAAAAAUUGCAUGAGUUGCUAUUGAAGCUUAUCAGUGACCCAGCUUUUAAGUAUGAGUUUGCCAAGGUUUUCAUAUGCUACUACCCUGUUACAUUUGGCGAAGUUAUUAAAGGGUGCAAUGAUUCGCUACUGGAGGAGUAUCCACUGAUGCCAUCUUUUUCUGUGCAAAUAUUCACUGUGCCUACGCUGACUCCAAGGCUUGUGCGUGAGGUUAAUUUGUUGGGUGUUCUUCUUGGAUGCUUGACAGAUCUGUUUCUUUCUUGCAUUGGCGAGGAUGGUCGUUUACAGACAAACAAAUGGGGGAAUUUAUUUGAUGCUUCUAUUCGAUUAUUAGAUGAUACACGCUAUGUCCUGAGUCAUGAGGAGGUUUCUAAGUAUGUUGCUUAUGAGAGGCCUGAUCUAACAAGGUCAUGGAUUAAACUCUUAUCACUUGUGCAAGGAAUGGAUCCUCAGAAGAGAGUGACAAGCAUUCAUGCUGAAGACGAGAAUGAGCAUCUAUCUGCACCUUUCGUGCUGGGGCACUAUCUUGGCAUUGUUCAGAAUCUUCUGAUGAGGGGAUCAUUUUCUCCUCCUGAUCAACAUGAAUCAACUGAUGUUACUGUUUGCUCCACUGCGAUAAAAGGCAUGGAAAGUGCUGAGAAUCAGCGGCAUGCAAAAGUCGGAAGGGUCUCCCAAGAGAGCUCAGUAUCCAAUUUAAGCAGCAGGGACAGUUCUUUGAGUUGUGGAUUGCCAUCACCUGCUUCCUGGUUGAUUCUUCAAUGCCUGAAAGCUAUUGAAAGUUGGUUGGAACCUGACAUAGCUCUGAGGAGCAAGCUGUCCUCCCUUGAUGCUAGCAGCAGCGAUCGCAAUUUUAUGGUUUUGUUUGAAGAGCCUUUGACUUCUGAUAAGGGAAGCCCAAAUGCAAAGAUUGGUGUGGCGGGCGUCAAGAUAACUGAAGGAUCACAAUCAAAUGGUAUUGCGGAUUAUCAUGAGAUAUUUAGUUCUCCUAUGCAAGAGCGUGGCAACAUGAUGCAGGUUGACCAAGAAGGGAUGCCUCAGGCUAGUAACAGGACGGGUAAAGGAAAGAUGCAUGACAGCUGCGACACAGCAGAUAUACAAUUGCACCCUGAGAGUGCCGUUACUUAUACGUUGACUGACGGCAGCCUUUUGUAUGCUCAUCCAGAUUCAAGAAUUGAGGAACUAGGUAUACUCAACACAAGGGAGUGGCCUCAUGUUGUCUUUGACGUCAGUUCACAAGAAACAUCGUUUCAUAUUCCUUUACACCGUAUGCUUUCGUUACUAUUGCGGAAGGCAAUGAAGAAGUGUUUUGGAGAGGACGCCAAGCCAGAGGAACGUCCGAUUGUGCAGUCCAAUGAGUUCUUCUCUCAUGUACUUAGAGGUUGUGAGCCUUAUGGGUUUGCUUCAAUUGUGAUGGAGCAUCCGCUAAGAGUGAGAGUAUUUUGCGCCCAAGUGCGUGCUGGAAUGUGGCGUAAGAACGGUGAUGCAGCUAUACUGAGUGCUGAGUGGUACCGUUCUGUGCAAUGGUUUGAACAAGGUUUGGAGUCGGACCUGUUUCUGCUUCAAUGCUGUGCUGCACUAUCUUCUCCGGAGUUCUUUGUUAGGACCAUUCAAGAGCGAUUUGGUUUGUCCAGUUAUACAUCGUUGCAUCUUGCAGAACAGAAUGAAUAUGAAUCCGUUCUGAUGCAAGAAAUGCUAGCUUUUCUCAUACAAUUAGUUAAAGAACGCCGAUUUUGUGGGCUUUCCACAGCAGACAACUUGAAGAGAGAAUUGGUUUAUAAGUUAGCUAUUGGAGAUGCCACCCGUAGCCAGAUUGUGAAGUCUCUUCCUCGUGAUCUUUCGUCAAGUAACGAACUUCAAAAUGUUCUGGAUUCACUUGCACUUUAUUCUAAUCCAUCUGGCAUGAAGCAGGGUAAGUAUGUACUUCGCAAAACAUGCUGGAAGGAACUGGACUUGUAUCAUCCCCGCUGGAAUUCCAGGGAGUUACAAAUUGCCGAGGAGAGAUAUUACCAUUUCUGCAAAAUUUCGGCUCUUAAUGCUCAACUACCUCAUUGGACUCAUGUUUUUAGCCCCCUGAGAGGUAUUUCUAACAUUGCUACCUCCAAGGCUGUCCUUCAGAUUGUCCGUGCUGUCCUCUUUUAUGCUGUUUACGCUGAUGCAUCAUCGGCAUCACGCGCCCCUGAUAAUGUUCUUGUGACGGGUUUGCAUCUGCUUUGGUUGGCACUUGAUAUAUGUGAAUCAGAAAUUCAAAUAUAUGCCAAUCAGUAUGGCAUGGACAUAGUGCAGCAUGAUGAUGAAUCAUGGGUUGUCCUGUCAUCAUAUAAGGAAAAGGCUUUUCCCAUCUUGACUUACUCUACUGAACUAGUUGCCUCAGAGUCUGACAAAGUAAAGACAGAAAGCAUGUUAACCUUGCUUGUUUCAUUAAUGCACAAAUACAAAGAAGAGAAUGAUGCCACCUUUUCUGGAUCCAAGUACUGUAAUAUUCCAUCUCUAAUUGAGAGCUUGUUAAAGAAAUUUGCCAAAUUAAGUAAGGGGUGCAUGCUUACAUUAAGACAAAUGGCGCCACAUAUAGUCCCAUCUACUCCAGAUCAGACCAGUACCAAAGGAAGCCUAGGAUCUUCUUCAGAUUCCAUGGAAAAGAAAGCAAAAGCCCGCCAACGCCAAGCUGCAAUUAUGGCGAAAAUGAGAGCAGAGCAGUCCAAAUUUGCUGAAAGUAUGAAGUCGUCAGGAAAUGGGGGCCAUGAUGUUCCAAUGUCAGAGCCAGAUGUGUCCAGUUCGAGUGGUGUUGUGUCUGAGGAGUCACUUCCAGUUUGCUCUCUGUGCCGGGACUCGGAUUCCAAAAGCUCUCUGUGCUAUCUGAUUCUUCUUCAGAAAUCUCGGCUUGCAACUUUUGUUGAGAUGGGUAAUCCAUCCUGGGAAUAUCCAACUCAAGCAAACAAGACAUUGGGAUCAGUCAAAAGGGAUGAUUCACCAGAUUCCUUGGUCUCUGGUUCUUCUACUUCAGAGGAACUUGUCCAUGAUACAACAGUAGAGCCUUCUUUCGAUUUAGACAACAUUGAAGUGGAUGCCUUUCUUGAUUUUUCAAAUGAGCAACAUCCACUGAUUAGAUAUAUAUCAUCUUUCCCAAGUGGACGUUGCAACAGCAAUGCAGAUGAUAUUGUCUCACUUGAGGCAAUUGAGGAUGAUAUUUACAAGUCUAUUGUAAAUGAUAUAGGAUCCAGCAAUGCACACAUUCAAGAUGGUGAGCAAACAUUGUCAUCAUCUACGUCAAAUAUCACAGCCGAUCCAAAGAAAACCAGAAGCCCCAAACGUUCUGUGCUGGGAACAUAUGUUAGUUGUCUUUCGGCAAAACACCGCCAGUCUUCUCUCUAUGAUGUAGCCUCCAAAUCUUCUGCCUCUGUAACUACAAGAAACAGAUUUGGUCCUGUUGAUUGUGACGGCAUCCACAUAUCUUCUUGUGGACAUGCUGUACAUCAGGAAUGCCAUGAUCGAUAUUUGUUCUCCUUGAAACAAAGAUAUAUCAGGAGACUUGGUUUUGAAGGUGGUCAUAUUGUUGAUCCCGAUCUGGGAGAGUUGCUUUGUCCAGUGUGUCGCAGAUUUGCAAAUUCCAUUCUUCCAGCAUCACCUGAUUUCUCUAGUGAAACAUUAAUGAAGGUGACACCAUUUGUUCAAACCAUGUCACCUGAAGCUGUUACAACUACAUCAGAUGUGAAUAUAAGUAACUUACAGUUUCCACGUGCGCUGUCAGUUCUUGAAAGUGCUGGAAAAAUUGUUGGACAAAGCAAGUUUUUAAAAGCUUUAUCUGGGAAGAUUAACGACACUGCUGAGCCAGCCCUAGAUCCUUCUCUUCGAAGACUGGCUAUGCUUUACUAUCCUCGCAGCCAUAGCAGUUUUUCAGCAUCUGAAAGGCUAAACCCAUCCCUGUUUCUCUGGGAUACACUUAGGUACUCUGUGGUAUCUACAGAAAUAGCUUCUCGUGGUAGGAUGUCAAGUCACUCUGUUGGAACAAAGUCCUGCUUAGAAUCUUUGCGUGUCGAACUUAAUUCAUCAAGUGGAUUCAUAUUGUCCCUAUUGUUCCAUGUUGCUCACUCUGCACGAAAUUUGAGUCGCCUUGAAGUUCUUCUGAGGUUUGAAGGCAUCCAACUAUUAGCAGGGUCUAUUUGCUCUUGCAUUUCAGGUUAUAAAGAUGUUCUGAAUGCUACUAAGCGAAAAGGCACUUUGCCGCCUAUGGUUGAUCCGGCCAGUGAGGGGGGCCUCUUCCCUGAUAUCCAAUUUUGGAAGCAAUGUGCUGAUCCAGUCCUUGCUCAAGAUCCAUUUUCAUCAUUGAUGUCAACACUUUUCUGUCUACCUGUUCAAGUUCUAUCAUCCACUGAAUUCUUCAUCCCUUUUGUCCAUCUAUUCUAUAUUGUUUGUGUCAUUCAGGCCCUGAUAACGUGCUACGGAGAAGAAACUUUUGACCGAUCAAGCUUUAAUGACUGCCUUCUUAACGAUAUUUGCAAGACAAUGUCUGGAUGUGAUAUUGCCAGAGAAUAUUUUGUAUCCAAAUAUAUCAACCCCUCUUGUCAUCCAAAAGAUAUGGUCCGUAGAUUGACAUAUCCUUAUCUUAGGAGGUGUGCGUUACUUUGGGAGCUGUUAAGAUCGUCUUCCGCAGUACCCUUAUAUGACAGUUCCAAUAUUUGGGAAGGAUCACAUCUUUACUUGAGUAAUAGCACAGCAGAUGGCAGUUCUUCACUAACAAUGGAGCUGGAUGGAAUAAGAGAAUUGGAACACCUGUUUCAGAUUCAGUCGCUGGACCUGAUUCUCCAAGAUGAAUCCGUACAUAUGCUCGCCUUAAAAUGGUCUCAACAUUUUUGUGAAGAUUACAGCUCCCGUAAAUAUAGAGGCGUUCUCUUUUCUACCCCUGCAGUUCCAUUUAGGCUGAUGCAAUUACCACCUGUCUACCAAAUUCUCCUAGAAAGAUAUGUGAAGAUGCAAUGCCCUGAUUGUGGCUCGGUGCCUGAUGAACCAGCAUUGUGUUUGCUUUGUGGCAAACUAUGUUCACCUAGUUGGAAGCCAUGCUGCAGGACUGGUAAAUGUCUGAAUCAUGCAUCACAAUGCGGUGCUGGUGUUGGCAUAUUUCUUUUAGUGAGGAAAACAACAAUCCUGUUGCAGCGUUCUGCUCGUCUUGCCUUUUGGCCGUCUCCCUACCUUGACACUUUCGGGGAGGAGGAUCAUGAAAUGCAGAGAGGAAAGCCUUUAUAUCUAAGUCCAGAAAGAUAUGCAGCCCUGACAUAUCUGGUGGCGUCUCACAGCCUUGACCGAACUUCUGAAGUCCUUAGGCAAACAACUAUCAGCUUUUAUGGAUCUGAUUAAGUGCAAUUUCCAAGGAACAACAUCGAAAGAUGGGUCUUGUUAUAUACUUGCACGUGAGCAUACUAUUGGGAAACAUUUUCGCUAAGAAAGGCAAAGGGGCUGAAGGUUGUCUGGUCUACAGGGCUCACAGCCUCAACCUGGUAACCAGCCAUAAAUUGGCUUGUUUUGUCUUGUCUAGUUAUCCAGAUUUGUUGCAAUUGACUUGACCAUUACUCCAGAGUGGUUAUAUCGUAUGGAAUAGUACUGCCCAUUUUCUGGCAUGCUGUGUCUGGUACUGCAAUCGAUUCUCUCCACCAUGUCCUACAAGACUGGUACUCCUGAAAAGGUGCAAAGAAUGAGACAAGAGGAUAGAUGAAUUGAUAUAGUUGAAUAGUUUGCAAGAAUUCUUAUUGACCAAAGAGCAUUCUUUUGUGAAUCUGAUAUCAUGCUUCCUCUUGUGUAUCUAUGAGUUCAUUGUCACCACCUGUCUGCAUGGCACAAAUUUCACAUUGUAGUGUGAUACUCGGUUUAUUGCUGA